AUGGCUCAAGCACAACAACCCAAAACUCCUUUGGAGAUUCUGCAAAUUCAGAUCAAUGCGAUCCUUAUAGAGACUGGCAAAGCUCUUCGCGCCACAGGUAUAGAGGGAGGAAAAUCUAUGGCCAUUUCCGCCAUAAGACUACACUCGACUAUUCCAUCUAUAACCGACAAUUUCCACCGAGCGUUGGACGAUCUUGAAGCUGAGAUUAUACGGGCAAAAUCUGUUUUGGGUCGAGAUUUAGAGGAAUUGCGAUCGAAACGAAUUGCGGCAGAGAACCCGCCUGCUCAAAACAUCGAGAUCCCCGUCGCACAUGAGCCCACACCACCUCCGCAUAUCCCAUACGAAGAUAUACCUUCAGCAAUAAAGCAAGAGACGAUCCAAGACAACAAUUCCAUGCCAACAAUUGCGAAGGAAGAGGAACCCCCAAUCAAAAAUGAAAUGUCGAAAGAAAUUAGAGAUGAGGAAGAGAUGAAAGAGCCCACGAUUUUAUCUCCACCCAGUACAAACGACAACAAGUCCCAACCAAUUGGCCUUGGAAUAAACACUACGCUUCAGGCCUCUACAGACGCCCCUGCAACGGCCACAGGAGGCGGACAAGAUUCUUCAAUCGAUUCCCUUUUCGAUAAUCCAGACAGCGCUACCAACGUAGAUUCCGCAGCUCUCAACUUCGACAGCAUGGAUUUUUCAAUGCUGGACACAGCCACCAAUACUCAAAGUCAAGAUAAUAACCACACACAAAAUACCGAGUUCGACCUCUCAACAUUUGGGAGCAAUCCUCAAGAUUUCAACAUGAACGAUUUACAACCUUCUAACGAGGCUUCUUCUAAUAAUAAUAAUAACAAUAAUAAUCACAAUAGCGCAAACAUCACUACGACAACUGCUAAAGGAGAUAUGAUGGAUGAUAUCCUGAACAUGGCUGCUGGCAACGAUACGAAUGACAACAAUAAUGACAAUAAUAAUAACAUGGACAUGGACUCAAAUCUUGAUAAUAUGGUCGGAGCCGACGAAAGUGUAUUUGAUGAUUUAUUCUUUGGGAAUGAUGACGAUGGAAAUGUUGGAGGAGAAAUAGGCGAAAUGGAGCAUGGUCAAUUUGACAGUGCAUUCUUUGGUAUUGACUAA